AGCGUCCAAUAAGAAGGCCGUUCGCGUCCCGUGCAGCCUUUCCCUGCGGGCCUCGCCUUCGCGGCCGGUGGGAAGCGGAGUCGGAGGUGCUGGGAGGAGGCUCCGUCGCAGCCCCCGCGAGUUACACCGAUUUCCACUCGUUCCGCGUCCGCCGCUGCCCGACUCAGAGCCAAAAUGUUCAGGAUGCUGAGCAGCAGCUUCGAAGAUGAUCCGUUCUUCUCUGAUUCUUUUCUUAAGCACCGAGAAAGUAUGCAACACAUGAUGAGAAGGUUUCCUGAACCUUUUGGAAGAGAUGUGCUCAGUAUCUCUGAUGGAAGACGAAGAGCUCAUAAUCAUACAAGACAUGAUGAUGGAGAAGAUUCCUUGACUCAUACACAUGUGAGCCCUUUUCAAGCAAUGGACAGAAUGAUGCUAAAUAUGCGAAACAGUAUGCAGGAAUUACAAAGAAACUUUGAUCACCUUUCAGUGGAUCCAAAUGGACAUUCCUUUUGCUCUUCCUCAGUUAUGACUUACUCCAAAAUAGGAGAUGAGCUACCAAAGGUUUUCCAGGCCUCAACUCAAACCCGUAGGGCUCCAGGAGGAAUAAAGGAAACCAGGAAAGCAGUGAGAGAUUCUGACAGUGGACUAGAAAAAAUGGCUGUGGGUCAUCAUAUCCAUGACCGAGCUCAUGUAAUUAAAAAGUCAAAGAACAAGAAGACUGGAGAUGAAGAGGUCAAUCAAGAGUUCAUCAAUAUGAGUGAAAGUGAUGCUCAUGCAUUUGACGAUGAGUGGCAAAGUGAGAUUCUGAAAUACAAACAAGGGAGACGAUGGCACAAUCUAGAAAACGCUAGAAUGCAAAGUGUCGGUCAGGAGAAUUCUGGAACCAGAGAACUCAAAAGAAGGGAGAAACAUCUCCAGAGUCCAGCCAUUGAAAAUAAAAGAAGAUCCGACAUUUGUGUGGACAAACUCAACGUCAAAGGAUCACAUGUGAAAAUCAACAAAAAAUAAAUAGCCAUGCUUUUGAUUUGUUAAGUUUGGGUUGUUUUAACAGAGAAAGUAAUGGUGCUGGGUGUUAUAUACAUAAGACCAA